CCGUUUCUGCACAUUGAAAAAGAAGAGUAUUUGUGUGUUCUGUGUAAGUCAUUACUAAUCAAAAAGUCAAUCAAGGAGUUUAAAAGCAAAGAAAAUGGUUUCAACUACUGCUGGAAAGGUCAUAAAGUGUAAAGCUGCGGUGGCAUGGGAAGCCGGAAAGCCUCUGGUGAUAGAGGAAGUUGAGGUAGCUCCACCACAGGCUAAUGAAGUUCGUCUGAAGAUCUUGUUCACCUCACUCUGCCACACUGAUGUCUACUUCUGGGAAGCCAAGGGACAGACACCUCUGUUUCCACGAAUUUUUGGUCACGAAGCAGGAGGAAUCGUGGAAAGUGUUGGUGAAGGGGUGACUGAUCUGAAGCCUGGUGAUCAUGUGCUUCCAGUGUUCACAGGGGAGUGCAAGGAGUGUGAUCACUGCAAAUCAGAGGAAAGUAACAUGUGUGACCUCCUAAGGAUUAACACUGACCGUGGAGUGAUGCUGAAUGAUGGCAAGUCAAGGUUUUCAAUCAAUGGAGAACCAAUAUACCACUUUGUUGGAACCUCCACUUUCAGUGAAUACACUGUAGUCCAUGUUGGCUGUGUUGCCAAGAUCAACCCCACUGCCCCACUAGACAAAGUUUGUGUUCUGAGUUGUGGAAUCUCAACAGGUCUUGGUGCUACAUUGAAUGUUGCAAAACCAAGAAAAGGUUCAUCAGUAGCUAUAUUUGGAUUGGGAGCUGUGGGACUUGCUGCUGCCGAGGGAGCUAGACUUGCUGGUGCUUCCAGGAUAAUUGGGGUUGACUUGAAUUCCAAGAGAUUUGCUGAAGCUAAGAAGUUUGGUGUUACUGAGUUUGUGAAUCCAAAAGAUUAUGACAAGCCAGUUCAAGAGGUGCUUGUUGAAAUGACUGACGGGGGAGUGGACCGAAGUGUUGAGUGUACCGGAAGUAUCAAUGCUAUGAUCUCGGCAUUUGAAUGUGUGCACGAUGGAUGGGGUGUAGCUGUACUUGUUGGUGUGCCAAACAAAGAUGAUGCUUUCAGAACUCAUCCAAUUAAUGUCCUAAACGAAAAGACUCUCAAGGGUACUUUCUUUGGCAACUAUAAACCACGUUCUGACCUCCCAUCAGUGGUCGAGAUGUACAUGAAAAAGGAACUUGAACUGGAGAAAUUUAUCACCCAUGAAGUACCUUUCUCUGAAAUCAACAAAGCCUUUGAAUAUAUGCUCAAAGGGGAGGGCCUGCGUUGCAUAAUCCGAAUGACUGCAUAGAAUUUAUUCAAACAACUACUUUGAAUGUUGGAAAACAAAUAAAUAUAUUAUAAUUGAGCAUGUAUUUAUCUGUGGUCAUUGUAACGAAACAGUCUUCAUAAGUUUGCUUUAAAUUUCAUGGGGAAGUUCAGUACUCAUGUAAAUAUCGUGUUUGUACAGAAUAAAACAAACUACUCAUGUAUUGCUGUAUUUUUGGACAAGUACAUAUUUUAUACAUUACAGUUGAGUGGGAUUGAAGUUGCUAAUCUUAA